CGAAAGUCUAGGUGCAUGAUAAUGCCGUCAUUCUGUGUACUCGAUCAACAUCGAUAGCUCCUCUUUUGGAGCUACAAGCUGCAUCCUCUUCCUCCCCGCACCGUUAUCUUUCUGCCUGCCACCAAUCCACGUUUCUGUUUCUUUGGACAACAUUGACCAGGUACCAUCGGGUUCCCUUGGCAUGCCUAAUGAGUAUACCACUAUUGGGCAACACAGCAAGAUCCUCGUUGCAGCUAUGCGAUCCUAAGCUUUUAGCGAAGCACUGCGAAGCUUUCGCGACAGCUUCGAGCGGGUCGAGAAAGCAUGGCGACCUGCAGCUUUCCCAAAAUCUCACAGCUACAAAAAGCAAACAUGGCUGCGCCCUCCCAUGCCCGACUCCUUCUCUCCUCUUGUUGUGUAGGUAGCCAACUUGCAACUGUAACCUCCUGUCAAGAUGAAGGUCCAGGCUCUUGCUCUUUUGUCCUUUGCGACGGCCGCGGCAGCCAAAUGGACCGCCAACUUGAACUACCGAAGUCCUUCGGAGCAUCACCCUUUCAUGGGUAUUGCUAUCCACAAGGUCGUCCGCCGUAGCGACCUCAGCAAACGCUUCGACCCUUCCCAGCUCAACUUUACUCACAGUGUUGCCUCUGGUGACCCAUACCCGAACUCCGUCAUUCUGUGGACUAGAAUUGCUCCGCAAAUUGCUGAUGACCCAAGCAACAUAACCGUUGAGGGUACUGUUCCAUAUUUCAACCAUGAGACCGCAUCAUACGUUGCGGUCUCUGUUGCUCCUAUCUGCGUCACCUACGCUGUUGCGACCGAUGCGGGCUUGAAGAACGUUGUUUCCAAGGGUACUGCCUACACCUCAUCUGACAUUGAUUAUACGGUCAAGGUCGAGGCCACUGGUCUGUCAGCCUUCACACAAUACUACUACCAAUUCACCGUGUGCAACUCCACAAACUCCAGCCCAAUUGGUAAGACCAAGACCACUCCCAACCCGAACGACCCAGUUGCUGCUGUCAACUUGGCCGUCUAUUCUUGCUCCAACUACAACUUCGGUUUCUUCACCUCCUUUGGCAACCCUGCUCGCAAGCAGUCCGUGGACUUCGUCAUCCACUUGGGUGAUUUCAUCUACGAAUAUGCUGAGGGUGCCUACGGUUGGGGUUGGUCAAUUGGCCGUAUUCCCAAGCCCAAUGCCGAAAUUCGAUCGCUGCUUGAUUACCGUACAAGGCACAACAGCUACCGUAUCGAUCCCGACUCCAUUGCCAGCUUCCAGAACUUUGCAUGGAUCCCGGUCUGGGAUGAUCAUGAAGUCGCGGACAACGCGUACCGUGAUGGUGUUGCAGAUCAGAACAACACCGAAGCCUCUUUUAUCCAGUAUGAUAUCGAGUAUGGUGGUGAAUAUAUCUCCUUCGACCAGCGCAAGAUGAACGCUGUCAGAGCUUAUUUCGAGUGGAUGCCGAUCCGACAAGUCGAUAUGGACGACAACCUCCGAGUUUGGAGAUCCUUCUCCAUCGGUACUCUGUUUGACUUGAUCAUGCUGGACACUCGUAACUACGACCGUUCUAUCACCGAUCUGUACUGGAACACCGACUACAUCCACCAGAUUUCCAACGACGCUGGACGUUCGAUGAUGGGCAGUCGCCAGGAGAACUGGUUCUACAAUCAACUGUCUGAAUCGCAACAGCGAGGUGCCACCUGGCGUGUCAUCGGCUCCCAGACUGUCUUCUCUCGUCAGAACGAGUCCCUUGCCUAUGGCAACGCCGAUCCUCUUGACUACGAUGCAUGGGAUGGUUAUCAGGCAAACCGAAACCGAACCUUCCAGCAUCUCUACAACAACAACAUCACCAACAACAUCGUUUUGUCCGGUGACUCCCACAUGUCGUGGGUGUCUGACCUGAUUUGGUUGGACAACGAGUCUUAUGACCCAACCACCGGCGCGGGCUCUAUCGGUGUCGAGUUUGCCGGCUCUGCUGUCUCGUCACCAUGCCCUUACGGCCAGAACAUUACUCAGGCCACGGCCAACAACUAUUCCAACUGGCUCGUCCACGCCAACCCCGAGCUUCAGUGGCAAGACGUAUACUUCCGUGGCUACUAUGAGCUUGAAGUCAGCACCAAGGCCGUUCAAGCCAAAUACUUUGGUACUCCAACGCUUGUCCAGCGCGUUCCCUACGAGAUCUCCAUCGCUAACUUCACCGUCCCUAUCAAUGCCAACGCUCUUCAGAGACCUGUUGGUGGCGGUAUCGUCGAGUCCGGUGCUCUCAAGAAUGGUCAGACCGUCAUGACCAACAUCACCAACAACACUCUCACUGGCCAAUAUUUCGUGUCCAACCUCGAAACAUUCGGCUACGGACAAGGUCCCUACGGAGGCAACUUGACAUAUUGAUUGGAGACAACGAUCGGUGCGGCAAAAACGAACGAGUACAUGUAAUGAUGAUAAAAUGAAAGAUGAAGAUAGGUACUGACUGCAGUACAUGCCGUAACAGCCUCCGGGCUUAGCUCAAUUGGUAAUCGAUCCUUAGCCACCACAGUAGAACCCGAUUCUGUAACACAUUCCCAGACUCGAUCUC